UGACAGUUGAGUUGUAAGUAAAUUUGUCGCUGCCCCGCAUAACCUUAAAAUAAAGAAUUUUAUAAUAUACUAUGAAAAUAACAUACAAAAAUAAUUAGUUACUAGGCCAAACUAUUUACUAAUGUUAACUUUGUGAUUGCGCAUUAACUUAUUACAGUUAAUAUUAAUUAGGAAUAGGUUAAAGAAGCUCUGCGAUAUUGUUUACGUGUGAGUUAAAUUAAGCCAUGGGUAUCUUAGAAAAGAUAUCUGAAAUCGAGAAGGAAAUAGCGAGGACUCAGAAAAACAAAGCUACUGAAUACCACUUGGGUCUCUUGAAAGCCAAACUUGCGAAGUAUAGGUCGCAGCUGCUGGAACCAUCAAAGAAAGGUGGUGAGAAAGGGGAAGGUUUUGAUGUAUUAAAAUCUGGAGAUGCGAGAGUUGCUCUUAUUGGGUUCCCAUCAGUUGGUAAAUCAACAUUGCUGUCAACAUUGACUCACACCCAGUCGGAGGCUGCCAGCUAUGAGUUCACAACUCUGACAUGCAUCCCUGGAGUGAUCGAGUACCGCGGAGCCAACAUCCAGCUCCUUGAUCUGCCGGGAAUCAUUGAAGGAGCUGCCCAAGGCAAGGGUAGAGGAAGACAGGUGAUAGCGGUGGCGCGCACGGCGGACCUGGUGGUGAUGAUGCUGGACGCCACCAAGCCGUACGUGCACAGGCAGCUGCUGGAGCGUGAGCUGGAGAGCGUCGGCAUCCGGCUCAACAAGGCCAAGCCUAAUAUUUAUUUUAAGACAAAGAAAGGUGGUGGUUUAUCUUUCAACUCAACUUGUCAACUCACUAAAGUUGAUGAGAAAAUGGUGCAAAUGAUUCUGCAUGAAUACAAGAUCUUCAAUGCAGAGGUGCUAUUCCGCGAGGACUGCACGGCGGACGAGCUGAUCGACGUGAUCCUGGCCAACCGCGUGUACCUGCCGUGCAUCUACGUGUACAACAAGAUCGACCAGAUCUCCAUCGAGGAGGUGGACCGGAUAGCGCGCGAGCCCAACUCCGUUGUUGUGAGUUGCAACAUGAAGCUGAACCUGGACUUCCUGCUGGAGACGCUGUGGGAGUACCUGUCGCUGAUCCGCGUGUACACCAAGAAGCCGGGCCAGCCGCCCGACUUCGACGACGGGCUCAUCUUGAGGAAGGGUGUGACAGUCGAACACGUGUGCCACUCCAUCCAUCGUACUCUAGCUGCUCAACUUAAAUACGCGCUGGUGUGGGGAACCAGCACCAAGUACUCGCCGCAAAGAGUCGGCAUCGGGCACACGGUGGCAGACGAGGAUGUAGUACAGCUUAUUAAAAAGUAAACCUGUCUGUCUAUGGCUCGACCGGAUGUUUUUUUAAGUUCGUUUCUGAUUGGCUGAUUUUAACUCUCUUUAUUGAAGGGCCUAGGCGAGGGGCGUGGCCUAAUUUAAUUCAUAUUUUGAAUUGUUCAUCAUAAUACAGGGUUAUUGGGAAGUAGACCGAUCCGGUCCUCUAUCACCUCCUGAAAGGAUCCGGUCUACUUACCAAUAACCUUGUAUAAUACGGUUCAACAUCAAGGCCAGGAUGCUAAGUUAUUACAAAGUUAAAUAGCCUUCUAGGGUUUGAAGGGUUACAACAAUAUAAUCAAGCUUGCUAUCUAUAUCACGAAGCUUGAUUUAUAAUAUUAUUUCUUAUGUAUAAUUUAUACGUAUGUUACGAUUGAAGUCUUUUUUUACGCAUUCAUUGGUAUCAAUUCAAUAUUACACGUCAUGGUGUUGUUUUGUGCAGAUUAAUGGCUGCAUAUCUCAGGACAAUAUACAACUAAGUCUAUAGAAAUAAACGCAAAAUCCCUCUCAAAAUAUUAUUGUUGAAAAAAUAUUGUUUUGUAAAUGACUGUAUAUUGUAUAAUGUCGUCAUUCAAAUAAAGACUUUUUACUGAA